CAAAAUUGAUUGAUAAACAAAUAUUUAAGCCCGUGAACUGCUGUGCGGAACCGCUGCUGUACAGCUCGUCAUCCAUUUGGGUAUCAGUUACAACGCAUACGCGGAUAUCAGAACAGAUUUUCCAUACAAUUUAACUGUAUCCCGUGUGCGGAUACCAGUCGCCGUCAUUGCCGCCGCUGCUAUACCUUAAAGCGGAAUCGGUGUCCGAGCUAGACGAAGUGGUUUCAAAGUCCCCGCAUUACACAUCAAUGGCUAUGACUUCGGGCAAGGAUAAUAUGGGGGAGCAACCUAUAUUCACUUGCAAAGCCCACGUAUUCCAUAUAGAUCCCAAGACAAAGAAAUCAUGGAUAUCCGCAUCUACUGUGGCCGUCAACGUUUCCUUUUUUUUCGAUUCCCAUCGGGCACUUUUUCGGAUUAUCAGUGUUGAAGGAAGCAAAGCGGUCGUAAACAGCACGAUUACCCCCAACAUGUCCUUUACAAAAACUUCACAGAAAUUUGGACAAUGGACCGACACUAGAGCCAACACAGUGUAUGGUCUUGGAUUUUCAUCUGAACAGGAACUAAACAAAUUCAUUCACAAAUUUGAAGAAGUUAAAGAAAAAACACGACAAUGUCCAGCCAGUGGUCCACAGCCGAUUCAACCAAAUUACAUGAGCUCAACUACACCUAUUACAAGUGCAAAUGCUAGUCCUGUAACUACACGUAUAAGUCAAUCAUCUGACGGUCAAAGCAUAAUUGAACCACCCAAUAUGACACCUACAGAACCAAAUACUACACCCGAAGAUACUAAUUCAACUGAACAAAUGAUUAAUCAGAUGUCUAAGAAUAUGAUAAUAUCUAAUGCUAAUCACGUUGGAGAAAGUCCAAAACAUCAAGUAAGCAACGAUGGCCGUUUGAUUGGAGGUGGAAAUUCUAUGUCUGAAUCACAAUUAAAAUAUGAAAAUGAAAGAUUAAAAUUAGCUUUAACGCACAGCUCAGCAAAUGCAAAAAAAUGGGAAAUUGAAUUACAAACUUUAAAAAACAAUAAUUUAAGAUUGACAAAUGCAUUACAAGAGAGCACAGCUAAUGUAGAUGAAUGGAAACGUCAAUUACAAUCUUAUAAAGAGGAAAAUCAAAGAUUGAAAAAUAGAUAUCUUGAUGGGGAAGUAGCCAAAGGAGGAUCGGAAGUUGCUUCAGAACUAAAGAAUGAAUUAACUAGUCUUCGCUUAAAAGUUGAAAAUUUGGAUGGCGAAUUAAAGAUUAAAAAUGAAGAAAUUCAAAAGUUGACAAUGAAUAAAAUGCCACUUGAAGAAAAAUGCAAAGUACUCAGUCAAGAAAAUGCUGAACUUCAAGCUGCAGUCAGCCUAGCCCAAGCACAGUUGGAAACAGCUUUAGCAGCACAAGAAUCACAACGACGUGUAAUAGAUACAUUGAACAAUAGUCUGUUUGUGCGUAUACAAGAAUUGGCUGCAAUUCACAGAGAAAUGACUACCGCUAUACAAACCUAAGGUACAAAAUGUGAACAGUUUGAUUAAAAAAAUAACUAUAGAUGGUGAUUUCAAAUUUAAUUUUAUAAUGUCAUAUUAUGGUAAUGAAUAGU